GCGGGCGGAGGGCGGCCCAGAGCGAGUGGAAAGAUUUGGAAGAGCAAGUGCGCGGGAGCUGGGCGGUGGAGUGCGAGCGCGCAGGCGCGGCUGGGGCCGGACAGCGACUCCGGAAUCUCAGCGAGUCCCACUCUGCGUCGCACCCCGAGCCGCCACCAUGGCCGCCUAUAAGCUGGUGCUGAUCAGGCACGGCGAGAGCGCUUGGAACCUGGAGAACCGCUUCAGCGGCUGGUACGACGCCGACUUGAGCCCUGCCGGGCACGAGGAGGCGAAGCGCGGCGGGCAGGCGCUGCGAGAUGCUGGCUAUGAGUUUGACAUCUGCUUCACCUCCGUGCAGAAGAGAGCAAUUCGGACUCUCUGGACAGUGCUGGAUGCCAUUGACCAAAUGUGGCUGCCUGUAGUGAGGACUUGGCGCCUCAAUGAGCGGCACUAUGGGGGUCUGACUGGCCUUAAUAAAGCAGAAACUGCUGCCAAGCAUGGUGAGGCCCAAGUAAAGAUCUGGAGGCGCUCCUAUGAUGUCCCGCCACCUCCGAUGGAACCCGACCAUCCCUUCUACAGCAACAUCAGUAAGGAUCGCAGGUAUGCAGACCUCACUGAAGAUCAGCUACCCUCCUGUGAAAGUCUGAAGGACACAAUUGCCAGAGCUCUGCCCUUUUGGAAUGAAGAAAUAGUUCCCCAGAUCAAGGAGGGGAAACGGGUCCUGAUUGCAGCCCACGGCAACAGCCUUCGGGGCAUUGUCAAGCAUCUGGAGGGUCUUUCUGAAGAGGCUAUCAUGGAGCUGAACCUGCCAACAGGUAUUCCCAUGGUCUAUGAAUUGGACAAGAACUUGAAGCCCAUCAAGCCCAUGCAGUUCCUGGGGGAUGAAGAGACCGUGCGUAAAGCCAUGGAAGCUGUGGCUGCCCAGGGCAAGGCCAAAAAGUGAAGGCGAGCAGGCAGACUACUUUUCCAAGGACACCCUCCCUACCCAUCCCGUUCCUCCACAUUUCUUCCCUGCACAUGUCACACUGACCACAUCUGUAGGCAUCUUAAGUUUUAGCUGCAGAUGGGGACCAGUGGCUCCUAAUUUUGUUUAGCCAUUUGUCUCUUGCACCCACUCUCUUCAUAUAGUCUAGUCAGAAUGGCACUUCUGGGGCAUGAGUCUUCAGUCCCAAGCUGAGGGAAGACUUUUACCCAAAAGUAGAGAGUUAGUAACUAUGGUGUUUUUGCUACUGUUUAUUGAGUUGGGGAUAGGAAGGAACCAUGCUAAGAUGUGACCAAUGAGAAGUAAGAGAGCCUAUUUGUGUUCCCAGGAGCCAGUCCUGUACUAUUCUGUAGUCAGGUGACUGUCUGGGGGGGCUCCAGUCAUUCCAGUGAAAGAAUCAUUUCCCCUCUGACCCCAGAAGAGUUGGCUCCAGAAGACUGGGAUCAAUUUAAAUGUUUUGUGUUGCAUCUACUUUUACAAAAAGAAAAAAAAAAAGUAUAUAUAUAUAUAUAUAUAUAUAUAUACAUAUACAUACACACACACACACACAUAUAUAAAAUAAUACAAACCAAAAACCCUUCUGGGGUUUCUAGUUGCGGUUGAAAUAUUCCCACAUGCAGUCAUCCCAAAAUAAGCCAUUCCUCACACCAACGUGGGAGAAGCCCCUUGACUUCUGAGGCCUAGGAGUUUAUCCUGCUGUGUGUUUUAGAAUCCCUCCCCUGCCUUAAUGUUUUAUGGCAGUGAAAUGCCUCUUGAUCACGUCCAAGCGUGUCUUUUACUGUAUAUGUUUCUGAUCAUGUUCCAGUUGCUUGGUCCUGCCACCUGGGCCCAGUACUCAUUUUGAGCGUAACUAUACUAAAUCUUUUUUCCAGAUCAGUAUAAUAAAGGAGUGAUGUGCAAUA